AGCACGUGAAUCUGAAAUACGCAUCUUUGUCGCGGAAUGCGAGGAUGUUAUAUACUAUGUUCAAGAUUUGGGCGCGUCCCCUCCCUACAGAAUCACUGGCGGUUCCUUUCUUUGGCUUCUUCUACAACCAACGCUCAUAGCACUACGCCUUCGUCCCCAGAUCCAUUCGCACUCGUUGCACCAGAAUUAUCACGAAUCAGAACCGACCUCGUACGUUUAUUGGGAUCCGCACAUCCUGGGCUCAAUGAAAUCACGAGCUAUUAUUUCCUCAGACCGUCAAAGCAGCUGCGCCCUCUUAUCGUUCUCCUUUUCGCUCAAGCAACAAAUGGCUUAGGAAAGAAUUGGCCUCUAAAGAAAUGGGCUUCCGAGCAGCCUCGGCCUGGCGGACGCGCAGAAAACCUUGACGAACCAUUGUCGAGAGCGAAUGUUCUCAACGACUGGAAUCCAGAUAUACAGGAGAAAACGAGCUUCUAUGACCCGUUACAUUCAUUAUCAAUACCUCCAACUCCCCCAACACUUCCUCAGCCACCAUUAUCCAUAUCUUCCUCCACAGAGCGCAUACUUACUUCCCCAGCCUCUGUUUUACCCACACAAAUGCGACUAGCUCAAAUUGUAGAAAUGGUACACGCAGCAUCCCUCUUACACGACGAUGUCAUAGACGAAUCUCCUCUUCGUCGAGGAAGUCUUUCCGCUCCGGAAGCUUUCGGUAACAAAUUCGCGGUUUUGGGUGGAAAUUUUGUCCUUGGAAGAGCUAGUGCUGCCCUUGCACGCCUCGGAGAUCCUGAGGUCAUUCAGCUCAUAGCCAGUGUCAUUGCAAAUCUUGUUGAAGGCGAGAUAUUGCAGAUGCAAGAUGUCGAGUCCCCUGACGGUGAAGCUGUACCCUCUUCCCAAGUAGCAAAAAAUGCGUGGACGUUAUACCUUCAAAAAACGUACAUGAAGACUGCUAGUCUCAUGGCAAAAGGUGCUCGAAGUGCGGUGGUGCUUGGUGGUUGUGCAGAUGGCGAGGUCUACAAAGAAGUUGCUUACGCGUAUGGUCGUAACAUCGGCAUCGCGUUUCAGCUAGUUGACGAUGUGCUUGACUACGAGGCUGCUGAGGAUACUCUAGGUAAACCUGGAGGUGCUGAUCUACAACUUGGUCUGGCUACAGGGCCUGCCUUGUAUGCCUGGGAAGAGCAUCCGGAGAUGGGGCCACUGAUUGAACGCAAGUUCGGCGAAGCAGGCGACGUGGAACUUGCACGACGCCUUGUGAGAAAGUCAGCAGGGGUUGAGCGUACGCGUGCGUUGGCUGUAGGUUAUGCCACCCAAGCGCGCGAGGUACUGCAAGUUCUGCCGGAGAGUGAGGCUCGAGCUGCGCUUGAGGCACUCACAGAACGUGUCAUAAAACGUAGAUCUUAGUA